AUGAGUAUCGCCGGCGAUGUAAAGUGGCUGAGAGAGGCAGAGCAGCUGGUGGUUAAGCCUUUCAGGCUAGUAACAACAACACUCCUCAGCCUCCUCCUUCCUCUCUCUUUCCUUCUCCUAAGCCGUCUCUCUUCAGCUUCCUUCCUCUUCUCACUGAUCAAAUCUCCUCCGCAAGGGGAUUCAUCUUUCUUCUUCUCUAUCUUUCAUUACACGAAUCCGGCCAUCUUAUACGUGGCCGUUUCGGCAAUAAGCGUUUACACUCUAGUUCUUGGUCUGACCACCAAGAUCACAGCCACAGAUCCCAACCGCUCGAUUCCCUUUUAUCCACAUGUCACCAUGGCGUGGCUCACUCUCUUCCUUGUUCAAAUUUCCGUCGGUUUAGGACUGGAAGGAACAAGUUCCAACGGUUUAACCAUCGGAAGUGAACGUAACUUCUUGAGCAGGAUAGUGUUUUUCUGUGGUCUUCAUGAGGUAAUGCUUCUGUGGUGUAGGGUGAUCGUGAGACCGGUGGUGGACAGCACGUUGAUCGGAGGAGACGUAGGUCAUCACCGGAGAGAAGAGACGGUGGGGGAGAGAGUGGCUUUGGCCGUUAGCUGUGGGACGUUGUGGUGGUGGAAGCUUCGAGAUGAAGUAGAGGCUUUGGUUGGUGUGGCAGAGGCUAAAAGAGCAUUGUUGUUAUUAUUAUUACCAACCGAUGGUACUUUUGACGUGAGUAUGGAUGUGGGAACGGUCGAUUUUGUGAAUUGGUGGUUAUACUAUAUGGUUGUGACGAUUGGUAUAGUUAGGAUCGUUAGAGGGUCUUUGUGGGUGGGAAUGAUUUUGCUUUUCGAACAAGGUAGUAGAAGAAACCCACAUGGAAAUGCCAGUGCUCCUCUUGUUUCUACAGCUUAUUCUGCUCAUUAUGACGGUGAAGGUGACACUAAAGUGUAACUAACAACAAUUGAAGCAUUAUAAAGUCACUAAAGGAAAGCAUUUUUGUUGUUGUUUUGGAUUCAAGUUCUUACACCUAAUACGAA